AUGGAAAGCGACGAUGGCGUCGAAAUCGCGUGGCUUGCGAUUCGUGCCAUACUCGCCGAGUCCGAUGCGACCGGGCGUUCCCCUGUUCACGAUGCCUACGCAGUGAUACGCACUACUUCUACCUCAAACUAUACUAGAAGGGAAUCCAGUGGAGAUCCGAAACUUCCUCCACGGUCGGUCUCACCACCGCGACCGAGUUCUUCUGAUUCAGCCUCUCACCAACCCUCGCCCGCGACUAAUGACUUGAGUCUUUCUGCGCCCAGUGUCGGGGAUGGCCCUCGUGCCUCCAGAUCGGCUGCCGAUGGAAAUAAUCCGACGGAGGAAUGGCUGUCGGCGGCGCAAUUAUCGCCAGAUUCAUAUGAAAUGCUUGGAGGGAUAAACGGAAUGAAUGGAGGAGAUGGCCCUUUACCUCGAUUGAUGGAUAUAUGGAAUCCAGUGGACCUGACGGGCCACCACCCUCCACGACCUCCGCAAGUUCAAUCCAUGCCAGCGCCAAAUCUACCUGGUCCACCUCAUACUCCUGCGCCACGAUCCACGCUGAAGUACCCUGUGUUGGAACCGAUCAUGCCAUUCUUGGAGUCUAAUCUUCCCCGUCGUUUGGUAUGCGACCUGCUGGAGCUUUAUUUCACAAGCGCUUUCUCGACUCACAUGCAUCCAGUGUGCCACCAUAUUCAUUGUUAUGUCUUGCGAAAGGCUUCAUUUUUGAGUCCCGAUCAUCCUCGACCGAGUAGCCCGGCCUUGCUGGCGAGUAUGCUUUGGGUUGCUGCUGUCGAUGACCGAGCUUUCUCCUUGUCUAUUUCCCCGCUGCAACGCCGCAAGAUAUGCCAAUUUCUUUGCGCAUUGACCAUGCGACUGCUUCGACCGCUGAUUCAUGUCUCAUUCAAGGACCAAGAACAGUCAGAGAAUUCCCAUGGAUCUCAGGAUUUUGCUUCAGCUUCCACCCACCGUCCGUUUGAAGGAGCGGGCGAUGACAAGGGACUGAUCGGUCCAGCUGGCUCGCUCGAUGACGUGAUAACAUACAUUCAUGUCGCCUCCAUUAUUUCUUCUAGUGAGCAAAAGGCUGCUAGUAUGAGAUGGUGGCAUGCGGCUUUUACACUGGCCCGAGAGCUGAAGCUCAAUCAAGAGAUUGAAAUCGCCUCCAAUGUAGAAGGGCAGAGCGCUGGAUCAAGCCCUUCGUUUGACUAUCCUCUGGCAGGCUGGGCAAGCUCCCCAGGUGGCCCCGUCUUUGAUUAUUCAAACCCUUCACGCCCUAGCUUGAAUUGUGUCUGCGAGGAGAAGAAUACUAAUCCUCAUAACAACUUCAUCGUUACUGAAGAGUACCGCGAAGAACGACGACGCACCUGGUGGCUUCUAUACAUCAUGGACCGUCACCUGGCACUGUGCUACAAUCGACCACUUGCCCUGCUUGAUGCUGAAAGUGAAGAUUUACUAUUGCCAUUAGAUGAGGGCGCAUGGCAAAGUGGGAAUAUCCACACCAACAGCCCGCGCUCUGAUGGACCGCAAUGUAUCCGAUCCGGUGAUCGUAACAAACGUCGGGUUUUUCCAAACUUUAUCUGUCACGACCAUUCCAUUCUUGGAUUUUUCCUCCCCCUGAUGACCAUUACUGGUGAGCUGAUUGAUCUAAAUCAAGCGCGCAAUCACCCCACGCUUGGCUUACGCCUACAAGGAAAAGAAGCAUGGGAGGUCCAUGUUGCGGAGGUCUUGCGACAACUCGAGAUUUACAAAGCGAGCCUCACGACAUUCGCCGCAGCAACGGCCGCUGACCCCGACUCCUCUCUCUCCACUGCAUGUGGGUUUGGCUCCAAAGCCGACCCGCCCGUGGAUGCACAACUAUCACAAGCUUACUCGUGGCAUACGCAAACCGUGAUCGCCUAUGCAUCCUACCUUGUUCAUGUUCUCCACAUUUUACUCGUCGGGAAGUGGGACCCUGUGUCCCUGAUCGAGGAUAAGGAUUUCUGGACAUCCUCUCCAGCAUUUGCAUCUACGAUCUCGCACGCUCUGGAAGCUGCAGAUUCGGUGCAGCAGAUCUUAAGGUUCGACGCGGAUAUCAGUUUUAUGCCGUAUUUCUUUGGCAUUCAGUUGCUUCAGGGCAGUUUUCUAUUACUUCUUAUCGUCGAAAGGUUACAGAAGGAGGCUGGCGAAGGAAUUCUCAACGCAUGCGAAACAAUGAUUCGGGCCACUGAAUCAUGUGUCGUCACUCUCAACACGGAAUAUCAACGGAGUUUUCGACAGGUCAUGCGCAGUGCGGUUGCACAGGCUCGUGGUCGACCUGUCAACCCCAGUGAGAUCCGACAUCGCCGCAAGGCUGUUUUGGCUCUGUACAGAUGGACUCGUAAAGGGACCGGACUGGCAUUGUGA